GGACUGAUUCAGAUUGACGAACAAUGUUCGCUUGUGUUGAACAUUUUGUGGCGCCAAUUGAACUCUUUUGAUAUUACAUGUAAUUUAUUUUAAUAAUUUUUAAAAUGCCUGCGUUUUUAAAACAUAUUGAAGUAGAAAACUUUAAAUCGUAUAAAGGAAAGCUUAUUAUUGGUCCAUUAAAGUCGUUUACUGCAGUUGUCGGACCAAAUGGAUCCGGUAAAUCUAAUUUUAUGGACGCCAUUAGUUUUGUUAUGGGAGAAAAGACUAGCAGUUUACGCGUUAAAAGAUUUAGCGAACUUAUUCAUGGAGCUUCAAUUGGAAUGCCCGUAGCACGAAGCGCAUCGGUAACGGCAGUAUUUGAGUUGGAAGACGGUAAUGAGAAGAGUUUCAUGCGUUCUGUUCAAGGGUCAUCUUCGGAACAUAGAAUUAAUAAUAAUGUCGUCACAAGUCAAGUUUAUCUCAAUGAAUUGGAACAAUUAGGAAUUAAUGUAAAAGCUAAAAACUUUUUAGUGUUUCAAGGUGCCGUUGAAUCAAUAGCUAUGAAAAACCCAAAGGAACGAACUGCACUAUUUGAAGAAAUUAGUAAUUCUGGUGCUUUAAAGGCAGAGUACGAAAGAUUGCGAACAGAAAUGUUGAAAGCCGAAGAAGAAACCCAAUUUUCAUAUCAAAAAAAGAAAGGCAUUGCUGCAGAAAGAAAAGAGGCUAAGUUAGAAAAGGAAGAAGCAGAAAAAUACCAACGUCUUAAGGAGGAAUAUAUAGAAAAACAAGUCGAAUUGCAAUUAUUUCGCCUUUUUCAUAAUGAAAAAAGCAUUGAAAAUUUGGAAGUAGCACAGAAAAAGAAACAACAUGAGAUAGAGAAAAUCGAAAAGAAGAAAGAGAAGGCGGAGGAAUUACUGAAAGAAAAGAAAAAAGAAGCUGGCAAAUUGGGCCGCGAUCUUGCAAAAAUAGAACAAGAUAUUAGAGAAGUGGAAGUAGAAAUUACAAAGAAGAGACCUACAUUUAUCAAAGCAAAAGAACGCGUAGCACAUAUGCAGAAGAAAGUGGAAUCGGCUAGAAAAUCUUUGGCUCAGGCACGUAUCGCCGACGAAGCUCAUAAGAAAGAUAUACAUGAACUCCAAGAAGAACUUCGACAAGUCGAAGAAGCUAAAGCUGCUUACGAAGCAAGUAUAGCUGGACAGUCGCAGCUACAGGGAAGGGAUGUGCAGCUUGAAGACGAACAGGUUCGCGAAUAUAAUCGUUUGAAAGAAGAAGCAGGCAAGCAAUCCGCAAGAUAUUUACAACUUCUUGAUUCCAUUAAUCGAGAACAGAAAUCUGAUCAAGAUAGACUCGAUAAUGAGGGUAGAAAGAAAACUGAAAUAGAGAAUAAACAUAAGCAAAAAGGUCAUAUGCGUGAUGAGGCUUUAAAAAGAGUAGAAAAAUUAGAAGAACACAUUCGAACCUCUGAAGCUGCAUUGGAAGAUCAAAAGAAGCUUAGAGCUGAUUUACAAUCGGAUGUCGGUACAUCUAAGGAUAAAAUACAAAAUUUGCAAAGAGAAUUAGAGAGUAUUUCGGAACAAUUAGGUGAUGCAAAGGUUGACAAACACGAAGUGUCUAGAACUAAGAAAAAGACCGAAAUUGUAGAAAACUUUAAACGUUUAUUUCCUGGAGUGUAUGACCGAAUGUAUAAUAUGUGCGAGCCGAUCCAUAAACGUUACAAUGUUGCCAUUACAAAGGUUCUUGGUAAAUAUAUGGAAGCUAUUGUUGUAGAUACUGAAAAAACUGCCAGACAAUGUAUUCAGUAUCUCAAAGAACAAUAUUUGGAACCAGAGACGUUUUUACCACUUGAUUAUAUUCAAGCUAAACCGUUGAAGGAACGACUUCGCAAUAUUCAGGAACCUAAAAAUGUGAAACUGUUGUAUGAUGUAUUACAUUUUUCACCUAAGGAUAUCGAUAGAGCUGUAUUAUUUGCUACAAAUAAUGCUCUUGUUUGUGAAACUCCUGAAGAUGCUAAUAAAGUUGCUUAUGAAAUGGAUAAAAAGGCCAGAUAUGAUUGCGUUGCAUUAGAUGGAACAUUUUAUCAAAAAGCUGGAAUCAUUUCUGGUGGUAGUCUCGACUUAGCUAAAAAAGCAAAGAGAUGGGAUGAGAAGCAGAUGUCGCAGUUGAAGGCACAAAAGGAAAAAUUAACAGAAGAACUCAGAGAAUCAUUAAAGAAGUCUCGCAAAGAAUCCGAAUUAAAUACUGUUGAAUCCCAAAUUCGUGGCCUUGAAACUCGCUUAAAAUACAACAAAAGUGAUUUAACAGCGACUAAAAAACAAAUUGCUGAACACGAAUCUGAAUUGGAAAGUUUGCAAAGUGAUUUAAAUAUGUUUGGUCCUACAAUAGCUGCAAUUGAAAAGACAAUGGCUGAAAGAGAUCAAGAAAUACAAAAUAUUAAAGAAAAAAUGAAUAAUGUUGAAGAUGACGUAUUUGCAAGCUUUUGCGAACAAAUUGGUGUUUCUAACAUACGUCAGUAUGAAGAAAGAGAAUUAAGAUCGCAACAGGAAAGGGCGAAGAAACGAAUGGAAUUUGAGAAUCAAUGUAAUCGUAUAUAUAAUCAAUUGGAUUUUGAGAAACAACGUGAUACAGAAAGUAAUGUUCUGAGAUGGGAACGUGCUGUACAGGAUGCCGAAGAUAAAUUAGAAUCUGCAAGACAAACUGAGUCUAAUCAAAAAGCUGAAAUAGAUCACGAUGAAACACAAAUGGAACAACUUAAAUCUGCACGCAAUGCUAAGAAAAUGGAAGUCGAUCAGAAAGAGGAUGAAAUAGGUAAAGCUCGACGCGAAGUGGGUACUAUUGCUAAGGAUAUUCAAUCAGCCCAAAAGCAAUUGAAUUCUAUUGAAGCAAAAAUAGAACAAAAAAAAGCAGAACGUCAUGCUAUUCUAAUGCAGUGCAAGAUGGAAGAUAUAGCAAUUCCAAUGCUUCAUGGAAAUAUGGAGGACAUUGCCGGAGAAGCUAGUACAACUAAUGCCAGUGACACCGUUACUGAUUCAUCUUUAAGUACACAGCAACAAUAUGAACGUGAAAGACGAAUCACUAUUGAUUAUGCUCUUUUACCUGAAAAUUUGAAAGAUAUUGAAGAAGAGGAUACAAAAAAAACUACAGACAAAUUAACAAGGACAAUUACUGAUUUACAAAGUACAAUUCAACGAAUACAAGCGCCAAAUAUGAAGGCUAUACAAAAAUUGUAUCUUGCAAAGGAAAAGUUACAAGAAACAAACGAGGAAUUUGAACAAUCACGUAAAAAAGCAAAGAAGGCAAAAACUCAAUUUGAGAAAGUAAAAAAAGAACGACAUGAUAGAUUCAUGGCGUGUUUUGAACAUGUAGCUAACGAAAUAGAUCCUAUUUAUAAGAGUUUAGCAAAAAAUCAAUCGGCUCAAGCGUUUCUUGGACCGGAAAAUCCAGAAGAGCCUUAUCUCGAUGGAAUUAAUUAUAAUUGCGUGGCACCUGGUAAACGAUUUCAACCAAUGUCUAAUCUUUCCGGAGGAGAGAAAACUGUAGCUGCAUUGGCUUUGUUAUUUGCAAUUCAUAGCUUUCAGCCAGCACCUUUCUUCGUUUUGGAUGAAAUCGAUGCAGCGUUAGAUAACACUAAUAUCGGAAAAGUAGCGAGUUACAUUCGGGAUAAAACUAGCUCUCUUCAAACUAUUGUUAUAUCGUUGAAAGAAGAAUUUUAUUCGCAUGCAGAUGCGCUUAUAGGAAUCUGUCCAGAUGUUGGAGAAUGUUUGGAAAGUAAAGUUUUAACUCUCGAUUUAACAACGUUUCCUACGCAUAUUAAUUAGACUCCAAGAUUUUUUUUUUUUUUUUUAUAUAGACCAG